CUUUCAGUUCGAUUGUGGAGCGAUCAUGACGACAACGCUGCCGGAGAAGGAGGCGGCCACGCAGCGGGAGAUCAGGGAGCGGGUGGCCAAGGCUCUGGAGGAUCGGAAGGAGCGCAAGAUCUACGAGAACUUUGCCACGCCCCUGGCCGGCACGUUCCUCAACCUGCCACACGAGCCCGUGGAGAUCAAGUGCCCCGCCUGCGGCAUCAAGGAUCUGAGUGUGGUGCAGAAUGAUCUGAAGUGGUGGGCCAGUGAGAUAAACCGCAUUGUGGGCUGUCUCUUCGUGACCUUCUGUUGCUGCUGCUGCUUCAAUUACUUUGUGCCCUGCAAGCAAACGGAUCGAAGUCAUUACUGCGGCAAUUGCGGCUGCUACUUUGGACGCUCUAUGAAGAGAAGGCAGCCACUCAAAUUGAAGGCAACCACCGCCUAGGCAGCAUUGCUCGCAUAUUUAUUGAAAUUCCUCCAAAUCACUCGAGUUCCCACCCACUGCAAUACCAUCGAAACACAAAAAUAAACCGAAAAUAUCAUA